UGAUGAUGCAAGCACCAUUUGAUGAGCUUAGCCAAACAAGCCCAUUUUCUUUCAAACGUGGCUGCCAUUUCUUCAAUCAUCCUUCUUAAUGAGAAGCAAAGCAGUAUGAAAUAAUCACGUCAGAAAAGUAGUAUUGAUUUAAAGGUUUAUUAUUAUUGCUGUGUGGAUGUUUAGUUUGCACUCCUAAUUGUCUUUUCUUUUUCAGGAAGCUCAUGUCGGAGGAAGUGGCAUCUUCCAGGCCGAGGGCACGUUUUGCUCGAUUUGGCAGCACGCUCGGCCUGGUAAUUAGCUGCUAAGCCUCUCUGAUGGAAGGAGGUCAAGAGGAGAAGACAAACACAAGAAAUCAGAGAGAGCAACAAAAGGCCAACCACUCUGGACGCAGUUCUGACUCCUUUUCUCGCCCUGGGGGGACGCAUAAAGCAUGUCCAAGGCAGGAGAGAGAAUUCCAUCGACGAUUUCUGCAGACUCCACUUCAACAGAUGGCAAAAGUGGAACGGCCUGGUCUCAGGGGUCUCCGUCGGGAUCGGUGUCCGAGACGCCGAAGAAGUCCUCCAAAAAGUCCACGAAAAGCGACGACAGCAUGAACAAAGUCUACAACUCUGUGCUCAACAGUGUUUUCGGGGCUGAGAGGGAAUUAGCACAAGGGGAAUUAGACGAGCUGCAAGAAGCCUUCAAGGAGUUUGACUACGACCAAGAUGGCUACCUGAACUACAAAGAUGUGGCCGAAUGCAUGAGGACCAUGGGAUACAUGCCCACUGAGAUGGAGCUGCUGGAGAUAGUGCAGCAGAUCAAAAUGAGGAUGGGUGGGCUCAUGGACUUUGAAGACUUUACUGAACUAAUGGGACCGAGAAUGAUGGGCGAGACAGCAGACAUGCUGGGACUCAAGGAGCUCCAAUCAGCAUUCUUGCAGUUUGACCUGGAUGGAGAUGGGAAGAUCAACCAGGACGAGAUGAAGGAGGCGGCCAAGAGCCUGCUGGGGGAGAAGCUGAAGAAAGGAGAGCUGGAGGAGAUCCUCAAUGAGUUGGACAUCAAUGCAGAUGGAAACAUUGACUUUGAAGAAUUUGUCAUGAUGCUCUCCAUCCGCUAGCGGCUGCACGAGCGCGCAGAAUCCGGCCCUGCAACAAUGACUAGCAAUAAUGUAGUGCAACAUACACAUUGCGAGACUAAUCGGGAUUCGUUUGAUGCGACAUGUCAAUAAAGUUGAAGGUUGAAUAUGUUUAGCUAUUUGAAUAAAGAAAUCCAAACUG